AUGAUCGCGGUGAAAGCGACAAUUUUUUUGAAAUUUGCGGCAAAAACAAAAAUUCUUUUGAAGCUCGCGGUGAAGCGACGAUCCUUUCAAGGUCCUUUCAAGGUCGCAAUAAGCGACGGAAUGGGGAACUUGCAGUCUUCUGUAAAAAUGCAGAAUCUUUUGCAGAGGUUGUUGAAGAAAAACGGCACGCCGGUAAAGGCAAAAACAGUGCUUUCAUUUUUACAAACAGUGCAGCAGCAUGCCCCUUGGUUUUUAGAAGAGGGUAUGCUAAAUGUGCCACAGUGGGAACAGCUCGGAAGGGAUUUAUCUAAAGCUGAUCAACUUAAACCUCUCCCUCCGGGUACUGUGGGAUUCUGGUCUCUGAUUAAGUCUUGUCUAGUAGAUAAGACAGAUAAAUUCAAGGAAUUGUUACAAGAAGGUGAAGCAGCUCUCCGCGAGCUUCAGGAAGAAGCUUCUCAGCCAAGUAGUGUUGGUGAGAGAGCAGAACCUGGAAGUAGUCAGGAUAGUGAGGAAGAACAUUCGGGUGAGGAGCUGGAUGCUGUGACCAAGGGCACCGAGAAGCUAGCCUUAAAGCCGCCUAGAAAGGCCCGAUGGACUCCUGUGCCACCCCCUCGGGAGCCUCUGGUGGCACCCAGUGCACCGCCUUGGCCACACUCCGAUCCCCCUGGGUGGGCUGCGCCCAGUGAGGCAGUGAGGCCGCAGCCCAGGGAGGUUCAGUCAUGGCAUGAUAUUGUUGGAGCCAAGCAAGUUUUUCCUGUUAGAGAGGACAGGACCCAGAACCCUGCAGUUCGUUUGCAUGACCCCUUAAAUUUCAAGUUAAUAAAAGAUUUGAAGAUUGCUGUGGAUUCUUAUGGGGUUCAUGCGCCUUACACUAUGGCUGUUUUGGAUCAGUUGGCUGCUGAUGUUUUGACUCCUGAGGACUGGAGGAAUGUAGCCAAGGCCACUCUCUCCCCAGGCCAAUACUUGCUUUGGAGAGCUGCUUGCCGAGAGCUAGCAAUAGAUAUUGCCCGCCGUAAUGCUCAGGCUGGGAACCCCACAUGGAAUGAGGAGGCAUUAUUAGGGGAAGGUGCUCAUGCUGGCCAACAACAGCAGAUUCAGUACCCUGAGCCAUUGUAUUUACAGGUUGCUAACGUAGCCACUGGAGCUUGGAAGGCAAUACAGAGUAAGGGUGAUGUGCGUUAUUCCAUUGCAAAGGUGACUCAGGGACCUAAUGAGCCUUAUGCAGACUUUGUGAGCCGUCUCAUGGAAGUGGCAGGGAAAUUAUUCCCGGAUGUAGAACAAGCCAUGCCUCUGGUAAAGCAACUUGCCUAUGAGAAUGCAAAUAGAUGGUGCCGUGAGGCUAUACGCCCAUGGAAGCAUAAGCCACUAGAUACUUGGAUAAAACUCUGUAGGGAUGUGCAUGACCAAGUUACUGCAGGAGUAAUUCAGGCUAAAGAGCAGGCUAAAGUCAUCAUGAAUGCUAUGCGACAGGAAAGACAGGCUGAAAGUCGUACUCACAUUUGUUUUAAAUGUGGGAAGUUGGGACAUUUUAGAAGGGAUUGUCGCCAGAGAGGGCCGGCUCGACCGACUUCGCGACCUAGGCUUUGCCAACGUUGUAGCAAGGGAAAUCAUUGGGCACAUGAAUGUAGGUCAAUGUCCGAUAUGAUUGGCCGCCCCCUGGUCAGAAGUUACAGGCCAAAAAACGGGCAUUGGGGCCCAGCAUCCCGGGGCCCCUACAGAACUUACGGGGUGCAUCAGGACCCACAGGCACAGAAGGAGGAGUCAUUCGCCGAGCCACACCUGGCAGCGCGGGACUGGACCUCUGUGCCACCUCCCACUUGGUACUGA